AUGAGCGCACCCUCCGAGACCAUUCAACCCACCCCUUCUAGCAGCAGCACCGUGCCUCCUGUCACAGCCAAUAAACCGCCUCACGUCCUAAUUGGUGGUGCUGGUCUGGCUGGCCUUUUCCUCGGGAUUCUUCUGGAGAGAGCUGGGAUCCCCUAUGAGAUCUUCGAACGUGCCAUUAUGUGCCUGUCACCAAACAUUCUGCCAGCAUUCGAACAGCUCGGCUUGUUGGACGAACUUUUGUCGUUCUCCAAGCCCUCGUUUGGCGGAGUAAUGUUGACUGAUGAGCUGAAACCCAUUGGCAAAACUGUUGCCAAUGCUAAUUACUCUGAUUUCAUUGGGUAUGAUCACGUCCUCUUCGCCCGUCCUGAGCUUCAUGACAUGCUGUUCAAAAAAACUCCCAAGGAAAAGCUCCACAUGUCCAAGAAGAUCGUUUCACUUGACCAAGAUCAUGAUGGCGUUACCGUGACCUUUGGCGACAACACCACUGCCCACGGUGACAUUCUUGUUGGCGCCGACGGCGCUCACAGCGCCGUUCGUCAGCACUUGUACAAGACCAUGGAGAAGGAGAGCCUUCUCCCCAAGGCCGAUACCAAGGAUAUGAGCAAGGGUUACAUUUCCCUUGUAGGAACCACCAGUUCCCUCGACCCCGUCAAAUACCCUGGUGUCUUGGAGAAGGAAUCUGAGGCAUUUUAUAUAAUCGGAGAUAAAGACACGCCCUAUACUUGGGUGACCUUCACCAUUCCAGGCAACCGAAUCUGCUGGAACGUUAUCAUUCAGCUUGGACUUUCGUCCACCGCGGAUGAGCAAGCAGCGUCGUCGGACUGGACUAUUCAAGACAACAAGAAGAUGAUGGAUGAGAUCCGUCACUUCAAGACCCCUUAUGGCACCAUGGGAGACCUGUUUGAUGUGACCGACAUUGAGAAGGUCUCCAAGGUCUAUUUCGAGGACAAACUCUUCGAGACCUGGACGCAUGGACGAACCGUUCUUAUCGGAGAUGCUGCCCACAUGCUUCUUCCAAGCAGUGGAGCAGGAGCAGUGAACGCCAUGCAAGAUGCGGUUCUCCUCGCCAACCAUCUCUAUGACAUCACCCCCACCAACUUGAAGAACAUCAAGACUGCGCUGAGCAACUACAAGAAUGAACGAUUCGAUGCCAUCAAGGGUCAAUAUCCUCAGUCGCACAUCAAUGCCAAACUCAUCUAUGGUCAUACACUCUGGGAGCGAAUUCUCAGAUACGUCGUGUUUAACUGGGUCCCUGAAUCGCUCCAGCUCAAGCAAUUGCUUAAGGGUACUGGCUACCGUCCUCAGGCUAACUUUUUACCUCAGGCGCCAAAGCGUGGCACAAUGGAUGUCAUUCAUCAGAAGCCUUCGAAGCGCAUUGAGAAGGAUAGAGAGGAGGCAGCGAAGAAUGAAGCACUUGCUAGUGCUCUUUAG